UAAAGUAAAAAAAAAAAAAAAACGGUGAAGAAGUUUCGUCAUCGCAAUCCAGAAAGAAGAAUUAAACAAGACUUGAAUUUGAAGGCAAAAAGAUCGAAACUUUGAUACAAAGAAAUCGCAAUUCAAUCAAAAGCGUUUCCUUUUUUGUUCUUAUCUUUCAUAUAGUUUGAUUCUUCAAAAUCAAUCAAUUGAAACAACCGCUUAUUCUUUCGAUUUCUCCGCACAACAUUGUUGCUGUGCGUUUUCCUAAUUUACUAUAUUGCAGCUAUGCGGAGCCACAUUGUGUGUAAUGGGUGUAGGAACAUGUUGCUUUACCCUAGAGGAGCGACCAAUGUUUGUUGUGCAUUGUGCAACACAAUUACGCCUGUUCUUCCUCCCGGAAUGGAAAUGUCUCAACUUUAUUGUGGAGGAUGUAGGACAUUGUUAAUGUACACACGUGGCGCUACUAGCGUGAGAUGUUCCUGCUGUAACACUAUAAAUCUUGUACCAGAUUCUAAUCAAAUGAGCCAUAUCCAUUGUGGGAACUGUCGAACAACACUCAUGUAUCCUUAUGGAGCUCCCUCAGUCAAAUGCGCAAUAUGUCACUUUAUAACUAAUGUCAGUAUGACCAAUGGAAGGCCUCCGGUUCCUGCACAGAGACCUAAUGAAACAACCAGUUCCGAAACGUCAAGACCCCGCUUUGAGAGCCAAACCGUUGUAGUAGAAAAUCCUAUGUCCGUUGAUUCAAAUGGGAAAUUGGUAAGCAAUGUUGUUGUGGGUGUUACAACAGAGAAGAAGUGAUGAUAUACUUAAAAGUUGCUGGUGCAUGUGAUGUCUAGGCCUGCCAUGUUUGAAUUAAAGUCUAGACUCUCCGUCAAGGGUUUAGUCUGAUUUCAUGUAUUUGUAUGUAUUAUACAAGGUUGGACAAGUAAAAAAAAAAAAGCACAAAGCUUGUCAUUUAUGUGAUUGCUACAGCCUAUUUUUUUGGCUUCAUUUGUAUCUACAGCUAAAAUCAAUAGGUGCUUUUGAUGUUUAUAUUUUAGUGACAUGGCCAGCAUGAUCACUAGAACGAUGUGUUCGUUUUCAUAUGAAAAUUUCUUUUCCGUGUUA